GGGGGGGGGAGAGAGAGAGAGACAGAGAGAGAGAGAGAGAGAGAGAGAGAGAGGACGGCGGCGGCUCAGCGGACUGUCUGGGCGGUGUGAGGUGGACCGUGGCCCGGCUGUGUGUUCUGGCCAUGCGGGGGAGAGGAUGGGGCAAGAGGCAAGAGUUUCUCCGCUCAAGAACUUCGUGGCUGGAGGGGUCGCCGGAGCCUGUCUGCUGCUGGCCGGACACCCGCUGGACACCAUCAAGGUGAGGCUACAGACGCAGCCUAAAGUCGCCCGCGCUCAGUAUGUGCUUUACACUGGAACGUAUGACUGCUUCCGCAAGACUGUUUCCAAAGAGGGCGUCCUCGGCCUCUAUAAAGGUAUGGGCGCUCCUCUGGCGGGCGUGGCUCCGAUGAUGGCCAUCAGCUUCUUUGGGUUCGGUCUGGGAAAACAGCUCCAGCAGACCGACCCUAACAAACCUCUAACGCACACUCAAAUAUUCCUAUCUGGCUGUCUGGCAGGGGUCUUCACUACUGUGAUUGUGGCUCCAGGAGAGAGAAUCAAAUGUUUACUGCAGGUGCAGGCCAGCGGUGGCAAGACGAAGUACUCAGGUCCACUGGACUGUGCAGUCCGACUGUAUAAGGAGCAGGGGAUCCGCAGCGUCUACAAAGGGACGGUGCUGACGCUCAUCAGAGAUGUGCCUUCUAACGGUCUGUACUUCCUCACAUACGAUUACCUCAAAAACAUCCUGACACCUGAGGGUCAAAGUGUUUCUCAGCUCAGCACUCCCAAAAUCCUCCUGGCUGGUGGCGUAGCAGGGAUUUUAAACUGGACGAUCGCUCUUCCUCCGGAUGUCCUCAAAUCCAACUUCCAGACAGCUGCAGAUGGGAAGUACAGAGGUCUGGUCGACGUCCUGAGGACGCUGCUCAGAGAAGAAGGACCUGCCGCCCUCUAUAAGGGAUUCAAUGCGGUCUUUCUGCGAGCCUUCCCUGCCAACGCGGCCUGUUUUUUGGGGUUUGAGGUGGCGUUAAAGGGACUGAACGCACUCGCACCCAGCUGGUGAAAUAAAUUGGUUCCUGAAGAGACAGCAGCCUCUCGUGGACGCUCGGUUCUGAGCGGCGUUAAGUGUUUUGUGUCUUUUGAGUCACAUGUCAGGAUGUUAAAAUGUGAUUUUUAUUUGUAUUCUUAAAUGUGAUCUUACAUUUAAUUUUACAAAUGACUUGUCAUCCUUUUUAAUCUUUUUUUUUUACACUCACUUUUUGUGAGUGGCAUGAACGCACACGUAUGAAUGUAUGAUUUUGAGAUAUAACUUAAAUGAGAAUGUGUAUUUCUGGGCAGGGGGGUCUGCGCCUUGAGUUUACAAACUGUUUGUGAUGUUUGUAAAGUGUCAGGUGAUACAUUUAGUACCAUUCGUUUAGAAUGGGAUCAAAUAUAUAUUUAAAAGUGCCAUUUGUAGGAAAAGUUUAUUGUUGAGUCUCAGUCCCGCCUCGUCAGAUUGGAAGAGCUUAGUCAGGAAACCAAGAGCGUCAUCACUUGAGUUGGGACCAAGACUCAAAAAUCAAGUUUUCUUACAAACAGCACCUUUAAUCUACGACCUCUGCCCAAAGUCAGUGUUAACUUAUGCAGGGCGAAGACGUUCGUUUGGCCUGUGUGCAGGCCCGGGGGAGUUUUGUAAGCUUUGUCAUUACAAUGUUUUCAAUAAAGUUUUUUGAAUUUGCCA